UAUGCUUCUUUCAUGCCAUAAAUACUAAGCAGAGACUCCGGCCUUGAAAGGAAAUAGCUCUUGAUACACUCAAUCAAUUUAAAGUCCACAUUUUCCAAGUUUUAUUCUCUCUAGAGUCUGUUUAUCUUCUCCUUCCUCUUCUUCUUACAGAGUUACUCAAAAGAGCCAGUUCGUCUUUGUGUUGCAACUCCGAGAGGGAUUUCGAUAAGGUUUAUCGUAAAUUCGGAGAAUAUGGGUAGUAAUACUACUUCAGGGAUAAUGAGGAAUGAGAUUCUUCCAUCAAUGUCUUCACAUCAGCUGUACAACUUUGGGAAUAAUGACAUUCAGUUCUGGGAUUCUGAUGUUUCUUUGCAGUUUGAUGGUCAAGUAAAUGCACAUGGUACUGAUGGCUUUUGUGUGGAGUCCAUAGCACCAGAUGAUGCAGACACCUCUAAUCCUUAUCAGUCCCUCACAAACUAUCAACCAGGUCAGGCCAAUCCCAGUUAUCUGUCUAAAUCUUGCAGCUUCGACAACCUCGCUCAGCCGUCAAUGUUGCUCAACAAAAUGGUGUCUGUCCCACAAACUGAAAUGGGCUUUACAAGCACACAAAAUACAGCAGGCAAGCGUCCCGUUAAGCCUAUUUCGCUGCCCCAAACUGAUCUUUGUGAGCUAAUUGGAAAUCAAACAAGUUCCGGUGAGCGGAAAAACAAGAAGAGAAAGAAGGGCAUUGCCAUCGAUGAACAACGGCGUAGUCAAAACCCAUCAGCAUUGAAGGAUGUCCAAGAGCACAAGGUUCCUGUGAGGAGAAGUCAAAAAUUAAGUGAGAAGAUCACAGCUCUUCAACAGCUUGUCUCUCCUUAUGGCAAGACGGAUACUGCCUCAGUACUUCAAGAGGCUAGUUUCUAUAUCAGGCUCCUCCAAGAACAAAUCCAAAAUCUGAUUCAGACGCAAAGCAGUUUAUAUAGCUAUGGUGUUCAAGAUCAUGCCCCACUACUGAUCAUUGGAGAGAGACCAGUGGACCUACAGAGUAGAGGGCUUAGCUUGGUUCCUAUAUCAAUCACACAGAAAUUAACAGAAGACAGAAUUGAUCCUCCUGCAUUUUCAAAGAAAGCUUUCUUACAUAGACAUUCUUAAUCAGUUCAAGGAAACAGAAAAUUACCCUCUUGAGGAUAUCCCUAAAAGAAGAGAAAAUUCCCAAGUUGAUAGUUUUGAUAUAUUUUCAUGGUUCUAACCGAAGAGAAUGAAAAAUACAGGAUAUGUUAUAUAUCCAUAUACAUAUGCCAUGGGAGUACUUUUGUGUUUUAAACUAAUUCAUGUGCCUUAACUUUCUUGGCAUUAUUACAGUAAAACUAUGUGCAUCUGCUUAGGGUGCAGUGCAGUGGGUUUCUCAUUCAUUUUCUGCCAUGAAUAGACAAAAGAAGAAGAAUCAAUCUCUGGUUAAUGAUGGAUAUAUGAUACUGAUUCAGUUUACAUAUUGUAUAUUACGGAUGUGGAUGUCGGAGCUUUGCAAUUCUUAC